CCAAAGUUGACUUUUGUAUUAAGAAGAGGAAAUUAAUUUUAGUCACAUAUUUCUUACUUUAAAUGGAAAUCACAAAUCUUUUUGGGACAUCCAAAAAAGGAAAUUCGGUCAACCUUUUUGGGAGGAAGGGAGUAUAUCAUAAAAAAAAAUGCACUCCCAACUUGACACUGAUAAUUAAAUGAGUACUCCGUACUUAUAUUUUCAUGGAAGUCGCAGCAUAAAGUCCACUGCAUAGCAUUAAUGGCCGGUGGCAGCUUGAGGGGACAGCUUAUACGGACUGGUCGCUUAACUGCACCUCAUCCGAUCCAUGAACUCAUUAUCUUCUCCAUCCAAUAUUCUACACAUAUAUACAUUCAACUGAACAUACCUUCAGAAGAAAUAACAAACGGCCUUAAGCACUUAUAUGCAUGAUGAUGCAUGGCCACUUGUGGAGUUGAAAAACUACCCACCAUUCUGUACAUUGUUGCCCUUGGAUCACUCAUGGUUGCUUAUCUGGUCAUCUGCUACCUUAUUCUCGACCAUAUCGGUGAAAACGAUGAUGAGGAACCGCCCUUUCCAGCUGAAAGUUUUUCGGGAUUAUCGUAUGAAGAGCUGCAAGAAAUAGGCUGUUUCUAUUAUGGAGCAAGGGAAGAAGAAACCCCACCAUUAUCAUCAAUAAUAUGGUGUGCUAUUUGCCUGGAUAGUCUCAAGGAAGCAGAGCUGUGCAGAAGUUUCCCAGCAGGUUGCAGCCAUGUCUUUCAUGCCCAUUGCAUUGACCCUUGGCUCUUAAAAACACGCACUUGCCCUACCUGCCGGUCUCCAUAUAUUUAUAUAUCUCCACAACCAAUAAGUUUCUGCCUUGAAUAAUUAAUUUAAGCGCAUAAUUUAUGUAUGAACUAUGAAGUAUGUAUAGAUAUGGCUGGCCAUCUGAUCUACCUAGCUUGAACUGAAAUAGUGUUUAAGAGUUUGUAAAGAGUUUUAAAGUUUAAAGUUUCCACAUGGCCGGUCCUUUCUAUUUUUGGGGCCUAUGAGCGGGAUAAUAUUUUGGGCUUAUUUUCAAGACAAAUAAUAAACUGUAUUUAUUUAAAAUAAUAUUUAUAAUAAAAUUAACUAAUAAAGGUCGUUAAAUAAAAACGAAUCUCAUUUUAUUAUUAUUAUUUAAAUUAUAUAUUUGGUGAAAAGUAACAACACAAGUAUCACAUAAAAAGAAUAACAUUUAUUUUGUAAUUAUAUUGGAA